GAACCUCACAUUCUGUAUCCUCUUCCCCAUUAACUCCGACCAAAUUCGAGAAAAUAAGACAGAGCCGCAGACGGACAUGGAAGCCGCCGAAGUGCUACAACUCUAUGAGCUCCGCUACUCCGACCUCGUACUCGUGUCGUCAAACGAUGAAUCAUUGUCGUCGGCAGAAGAGCUCGAAAGGGCGGAGUCGACGAGCAAAGCCAUAAUGGAAGCCCUAGGUCCCACAGGCCCAGGUCUUCUCGCCAUUACCGGCGUCCCCAAAUCCGCCUCUCUCCGCCGUGCCCUCCUCCCUCUCGCUCGCAAGCUCGCCCUUCUCAACCCUAAUCAUCGCAAAGGCAUUCUCAAGGAUCACAGCUUGGGAAGUGAUGUGCCUUUGAAAAACCCUGAGAGAAAUGUGUCGUCUUUCGCAAUGCAAAUCAAAUAUUCACAUGAUUUUGAUGAACCCCAAUGGAAUUCAGAACAUGGAUCCGUGAAUGAGUUUGAGAAUCUCGGAAAUGGAUUUAGGGAGUUGGGGUUUUGCAUGAUGGAGCUAGGCCUUAAACUUGCUCGAGUAUGCGAUCGUGCCAUUGGUGGAAAUGAGCUUGAGGAGAGCUUGUUGGAGUCCUGCUCUGCCAAAGCUCGUCUCAUUCACUAUCAUUCACCGCUUGAUAGUUCCGUUCUUGUUGAAGAAGCAAUGAGCAUGAAGAGAACAUCGAAAAGACCCUUCAAUUCUAGCAAAAAUUGGAUUGGUGACAAACGCAAACAAGUUUCGGGGAUUUGCUCUGAUAAUCUGUGGCAGCAAUGGCAUUAUGAUUAUGGGAUUUUCACCGUCUUGACAGCUCCAAUGUUUCUCUUGUCAAAUCAUCCACAAGCGAAAGAAGAAGGGGAUCAAGAGUAUGCUUACCCUAAUGGAAAUACUUAUUUACAAAUAUUUGAUCCCAGAAAGGAUAAUGUGUUCAUGGUGAAGGCCUCUCCUGAGAGUUUUAUAGUUCAGGUUGGCGAGUCGGCUAAUAUGAUAUCACGAGGAAAGCUCCGUGCCACCCUUCACUCUGUUUGCAGGCCUUCCAAGUUCGAAAAUUUGAGCAGAGAAACUUUUGUUGUGUUCUUGCAGCCGGCGUGGAACAAAACUUUCUCCGUAACAGAUUAUUCCAUGGACAAAUCCUUGGAGAUAUCCUCAGAGGUCAAACAGGUUGAUGACCAGGAGCAAAGAAGGCUAACUGAAGAAAUACAGAAAAUUGUACCACCUCUAGCAUUGCGGUUGAAAGAUGGGAUGACAUUUGCAGAUUUCUCGCGCGAAACGACAAAGCAAUACUAUGGUGGAUCUGGUUUGCAGUCAAAUAGAUAAAGGGGAGUGAUUUCAGCACUCUGCCUUUUCACCUCCAACACUUCUCUCCUAAAUUAUGUCCGUUGAUUGUCCUCUGAGCUAUUCAAUCUCAUGACUAGAAAAAAUAGAGGAACGAUGGAAGUGAAAAGGGGAGUGCGGAAAUUACUCCCCGUAGAAAAUCUGCCCCUUCUAUUUCUACAAUGCUAAUCGCUAAUUGCUACUUAGACUGAUCAAAUACCUUCUUUCUGCAAAGCUCUGUAACUUGGAUUCUGAUUUGUUGAUCAUGUUCUUCUUGGACGAAUGCGAAGCUUUAAAUUAAGACGCUUCUUGUUCAGAAA